UAAUAUACAUGUCAUUGUAAGUAUUUCUGUUUACUUUUUUUUUUUUUCAAUUUGGAUAUUUCUUUUGGGUGACUUCAAGUUGUUAUUUUCAAGACUUUUUAAUUGAGAUGCUGCAGAUUACGAGCAGACCCUGAAUGCAGCAAAUGUGAACGUUUACAUGGAGACAGAAAUACGAAGAAGAGGUGCAGUUUGGAUCUGAAAAUGGUCAUGAGAGCGGACGAUGCAGGACAUGAGUGAGUGUAGUCCCUGCCUGUGGACGCGGCUCCCUCACAGCAGCCGGUCCCCCUGUGACCGCUACAAGCAUGCCUGCUGCAGCUCUGGUGGACAUGUCUACAUCCUUGGAGGACGAGACAACAGCAGUCUGAGGGACUUCUGGAGUUACAGCGUGGUUUGUAACGAGUGGACGAAGUUGAACUGCACCAGUGAAGCUGCACCAGAAGAACUAGAGGAACAUUCUAUGGUGGCUCAUGAGGGCUUCCUGUACGUGUUUGGAGGAUUGCUGGAUUCUGCAUACACCAAGUGGAGAUGUCCCCUCUGGGUGUUUGAUAUUGCUCAGCAGAAGUGGAUGCACUGUCAGAACAAGUUGCGCCCCCCUCAGAGCCAGCCCACCAACAGGAAGGGCCACAGUGCCGUGGUACUGGGCUCCUCCAUGCUGCUGUACGGAGGACUCAUCGACAUGAAGGGAUCCUCACAGGACUUCUGGAGUCUGGAUUUUGAUUCCAUGUCCUGGUCCCUGCUGAGCGGCUCUCAGCAGGCCUCAUUGGGCCCCGGCCCCCGACACAGUCACUCAGCCGUGGCCCACCAGGGCUGCAUGUACCUGUUCGGGGGCCUGAAGGGCCUGCGGGAGCAAAGGGACUUCUGGAAGUGGGAUUCCUGCAGCCGUAUGUGGAGUCCCCUCAGAAACAAGUCCGGCCCCUCCAGACUGUGGGGCCACUCAGCGGUGGCCUACAGGGACAGCAUGCUUCUGUUCGGGGGGGGCGAGAGCCAGAACUCUCCACAGAACUGCCUCUGGAGGUACAACUACAGCAGCCAGUCCUGGGGGCAGGUAGCCACGCUCCCAGGAUCCAACCCCCCUCACAAGAUUCACCACUGCUGCACGGGGCUGGGGGCCAGCUACAGGACUGACAUCAGCAGCCCCACCUCCAGCUCAGAACUCCAGCCCGGGCUUCUGGAUGGGAAACUGAGGCCCUUCAAGAACAAGUGCUUCCCUGCACAGCUCAGCUUCCUGGGGUCGGAGGGGGACAUAGAGCUGGAGACGUUCAGGUGCAGAACACAAUGCUCCAAACAGGACUACAUCAGAGAGAGCUUCAUGGUCACAGAGCCCCCGCUGAUCCAGAACUGUCUGACCUUUGAGAACAAGGCUGUGAGGAAACAGUGGAGCCGCAACGAGGAGGAGGAGGAGGAAGAGGAGGAUGAGGAGGAGGAUGAUGUAGCUCAGCAUCUGCCUGACUUGCUGCUGCUGUUGGGGGGGAGACCCUGCUCCAGGGACAGUCCUAUCUCCAUAUGGCAAAUGACUCUUACAGACUCAUAACAUACAAAUCAGUCUGCAACUACCCAGUGUUAUAUCAGCAUUUUAUAUUUGUUACAUUUCAUUCUUUUAAUAUCUGUUUUUAUAUUAUUGUUAGUUUUAAUCUUUUGCUUGUAUGAAUUUCCUUUAUGCAGUAAUCAAAUUAAAUAUGGAAACAUUUUAAGAAAAGUGUCA